AUGGAUGUCUUAUGUCAGAGGAAUGGGAACCUCAGUGCUGGAGAUGCCACGGUUGAAUUGAAAAAGUCUCUUAUGGAGGAUCAGCUUCUCACUAUUCGCUUUGUAAAACUGAACCCAGAUGCAAAGACUCCCCUCUAUGGUUCUGCUGCUGCUGCCGGAGCAGAUCUUUUUAGUGCUGAAAACUGUGUUGUUCCAGCACAUGGUGAGCCCAUUGCCCUCAGUUUUGUUACUCCUCUAUUCCAUUCAUUGAACUGUUGCUUUGAAAAGGAGCCAAACAAAAUGUCUGUGAUCAUAUCACACUUAGCUUCAUGCCGCUUUAGUAGGCCCCCCAUCCAUUUAAGGCGUAAUAAGUAA